GAUACUUAUGUUUUUCAAUGUGUAUCUUCCACAGAAAUGGACCAAAUUCUAUAUUUCACUCUUCUUCUCAUUGCUCUCUGCUCCAUAUCUGAAUGUGUUCAGCGUCAGUAUCACUUUAUAAAUGAGAUGAAGACCUGGACUGAAGCUCAGAGAUACUGCAGAGAGAAAUACACAGAUCUGGCCACCACUGACAACAUGAACGACAUGAAUGAGCUGAAGAAGAGUAUGGAUGUUGAAGGUCUUCAGCAUGUCUGGAUUGGGCUGCAGAAGACGGGUCGUGAUCAGUGGCAGUGGUCUUCAGGUGAACCUGUGGUCUAUCUGGACUGGGAACAUUCACAACCAGAAGGCAGAGAUUAUUGUGCUAUGAUGAGAGGUGGACAAUGGCAUGAUUUUCCAUGUAGUGAAACCAAGCCUUUCAUCUGCAAUAACAUGAACACAGGACUCAUCUUUGUCAAUCAGGCGAUGAAUUGGAGAGAUGCUCAGAGUUACUGCAGACAGAAUCACACUGAUCUGGUCAGUGUGAGAAACCAGAAUGAGAGUCAACAGGUUAACCAGUUCAUUAGUAAUAAAAGUUUAUCUGGAUCUGAUGUCUGGAUCGGCCUGUUCAGAGUCAGAGACUCAUGGCAGUGGUCAGAUCAGAGUGACUCCUCAUUCAGAUACUGGUACAAUACUGAACCUAAUAAUGUUGGAGGUAAUGAAAACUGUACAGUGAUUGUUCCAAACAAUCAGGGACAAUGGUAUGACAUCUCCUGUAGCAAUCAAUUUCCUUUUGUGUGUCAUGAAGGUGAUUUCUGCUUGUUUGUUUCGUUUCCAGAUAAACUGAUUGUGAUCAAUGAGAAUCUGACGUGGACUGAAGCUCUGAGACACUGCAGAGAGAAUCAUAUGGAUCUGGUCUCAGUCCAUUCAGAAGAGAUUCAGCAUCGCGUGAUGAACGUGGUUAAACGGGCGACUACUGCGGCGGUGUGGUUGGGUUUACGUCACUCCUGCACUGUGGGAAUCUGGUUCUGGGUGAGUGGAGAGACUGUGUGCUAUCAGAACUGGGCUCCAGGGAACGGCACAUCAGAGGAGGACUGUGAACACACAGUGAGAUCUGGAGCAGUUCAGUCUGGAAGUGGUCAGCGCUGGAUCAGCCUUCCUGAAACUGACAAACUCAAUUUCAUCUGCAGCAGAUAUUAGUGAAUGGAUACACAGACCUUUAAUUUAAGAUGACAAAUACUUAUGUGUUUUCUGUUGAUAUUCUGUGGGUCUGUUUGCUCCAUUUUAAGAGGCUCACCAGUCAGAACUGCCUUUACAAACUCUUUCAACCUGUACUUUGUUAUUUAGUAACUGCAAAAUUAUGAGA